AUGGGGAUUAAAAAAAAACGACAAAGUAAGAGGCUGACCACAAGGAAGAGGGAAAGCAUGCUGAAGAAAUCAAGGAUAGAUGAGAGAAAGAAAAGAAGAAUGAACAGAAAGAUGCAAGCGAAAAUGGAGAAGGUUCCUCCAUCGGUUCUUAGAACAGAUGAAGAAAAUAUCCAAUAUGCAGAGAUAAAAAGAAUGGAAAAGCUCAGGAAGAUGGAGUAUGAAGAAACCUUAAAGAACUCGGAAAAGAAAGAACCGUAUCUCAAUGAAAUGGUGAGUCUGGUGUCUAAAAGUGAUGUGGUGAUUGAAGUUGUUGAUGCAAGAGACCCCGAUGGCAGCAGGAAUGGUGAAGCUGAGAAGAUAGUUUCCUUACACGGAAAAAAACUGAUUAUUAUUCUGAACUAUACACACUACGUUCCGAGGGAAAUAGUUAGUGAGUGGAAGGUGCACUUGAGAAAGAAUGGGGCCAAUUGUAUUGAAUUGGGGGAAGAAGAUAUAAGCUGGAUAGGAGAAGAAGCAAGGAUAGGGAUAUUUGGAAAUCCAGGAUCUGGGAAGAAUUUUGUUCUCCAGAGUAUUUCUAGGGUUCUAGGAAGGAAGCCGAAGUCGUCUAUUGUCUCAGUACCUCCGAGUGGAGUUACUCCAUCAAGUAUUCUUAGAGGAUGUAAUGGACUUAUUGGAAUACCAUUCAAAAGUUAUAUUGAUGCAAUUAUUGAAAGAAUCGACAAGAAAGAGGUUGCUAUCCUCCAUAGAAUACCUGAGUUUGGCAGCUCAGAAGAACUUUUGGAGAGUAUCUGCGAGGAGUACCAAAUAGAUGGAGAUAACAAACACAUUCGAUAUAUGAAGGCUAGCGAGAAGUUUCUGGAGAGUUUCCUUCUGCAUAAGAUCCUUUUUUGGAGGAGGGUUGAUGAAGAUGGACUAUCGUUUGCCUUUCCUUCGUAA